UGUAGCACAACUAGACUGACGGCGACCGUAGCAGAUACAUCAUGGGAAAGAAGCUAAAACUCUUUGGUUUAGCCGUUAUUGGAAUACUUUUUGCUGUAGUCUAUCCUAAAGUGAAGAAAAACUACGACAAAUAUGUGAAACCCCACAUGCCAAUAGUUGCAAAAGUGUUCAAUACAGCCAAAGAAUUUAAUAUUCUUGGCUAUCAUAUACCAUGGCGUUACAUCCUGCCAGUUUUCGCUUUGUUUAUAGCUUAUAAACUCUACAAGAGACGAAAGAGGAGAAAGCAAGAAGAGGAAGAGAGACUUCGCAGAACACAGCGCUACAUGACAGAAGAGGAAGUGCCCUCAAAAACCACCACAACAAGCAUUGUUGAAAAGAAGGAGGCCCCAGCGCCUGUGACUGCUGUCCCACCAGCCCCUGUAGCCCCCAAAGCUGAACAACAACAAUCUAUAGACACUAAUGACCAGGCCCAAGUGGGUAACCGUGUACGGACAUUUAACUUUUGGCCAGCAACAAGUUCUGCUAACGUGUUUGACUUAGCGCGCGCAGGGUUUGUGUUUACGGGUCGGGAUGAUGUAGUAGAGUGCUUCAAGUGUAAAGGGACGCUAAAACAGUGGAAGGUUGAUGAUAAAGCGAUACUGGCGCAUAAAGAGUUUUAUCCAGACUGUGAGUUUGCCAAGGGGGUUGAGACUGACAGUGACGUGUUGACAAGACUGUUUAACUUGCAUGACGUUAACGAAGGGGUUGCAAAGAGGCUGAAGCAGCUGCAGACUGUCCAGAGUAAAAGUAAAAAUGUUGAUCCAGCAAAUAAACAUCUUGGCGAACUACAGAAGAGACUGGAUACCACUGAGCGUACAAUGCAUCUUGUCAUGAAACAGAUGGAAGCUGUUACAAAAUGCCUGGCUAAAACACUAGCAGAUGAUCCUGCCCUUAGUGGUGACCAGUCAUUGGCUGAAAUCACUGAAGGCUUAGUCAAUCUAAAGGAAAGCAAUGUCUGAUGUCAAGGGACUAUAGUGAAUGGUUAAGAGAUGAGAAUAAAUUGUCACCAACACYGGCCAGAACAUUUCAAGACCAUUUCGAAAUAGUUUGUCAAAAUUAGUAAAACAACUAGACAUGAAUCAAUGCACUUUUUGUAUUUUUCUUAGAACAAAUGUAAAUUAAUCCCUAAGAUUGCUUCCAACUUAUGCUAGAUUGCCUGGCAUAAAAUGGUACUUUCUUAGGUAUGGCCAAAUGGUCUUGAAGAGCAACGAAUGCUUUUGGAAUUCUCAAAGCAAAACUUUAAUAUUGUUUGUCAUUAUUUCUAUUGCUGUUUGAAAUACUACCUGAGAUUGCUAUAGCAUAUAUUAAAUUUGUAUUUAUAAUUGAUAGUCUGCAAGACAAAAAUCCUGAAAUUAUGACCAAAAUGCUUUGUGAACCUAUAGGUUUUUUACAAUCCUAUUGCACAAUACUUUUGUAAUUAUAUUUGCACAUAGAGAUUUGAAAUUAUAUGUUAAAUAAUUAUUAUGCUGUGUAUUUAAAUAAAUUUUCAAAUGAAUAAAUGAUUUAUCUGUAAAA